CCAAAAUCGGUGCUGAUAUUGAGGGAACAUUCUGGAUUCGAGGCGUCGAAAAAAAAAGGCAUGUCAAGUCUGGCCAAGCCUCUGCCUGCUUUGUAUGCUGUUUACGUCUUGCGCUCCACGGUGAGAAGCAAAUCGAUAUAUGUGGGAUCCACGCCAAAUCCACCAAGACGGCUCAAACAGCAUAAUGGAGAGGCCAAAGGCGGCGCGGUGCGAACGUCGCGCGAGAGUCUUCGCCCCUGGGAGAUGAUUGUGCUUGUCACCGGAUUCCCGAGCUCGGUAGCAGCCUUGAAGUUUGAAUGGGCGCUCAACAACCCGCAUCUCACACUUCAUAUACCAAAAGAAGACCGUAUUACAGUGGCAACUCGGAGGAAGAAGAAUGGCAUGCCAGCACGGUCGCCGCAUGCUCUUGACUCCAUUAUCCCCAACCUCCAUCUUCUCACAAGUGUACCAAGCUUCGCAAGAUGGCCAUUAAACGUGCACUUCUUUAGCAAAGACGCACACGAGGCCUGGGUGGACCGACUAAUAACAAGCAAGACUCCUGCUCGAGCCGGGCUGGAGGUAUUCAGCGAUCUUGGCGCAUCCGCGGAUGACCAGUCGACGACAUCAAGGGGUAUUCACUCUUUGCCACUGGACUACUGGCCGAUGAAGGAGUACAUAGAAAAGGCUCACAACACCGUAUUAUUCGAGAAACAGGGCCAAUGUAUUCACUGCCAUGAGGGAAUGGAGUCUGACCAAGGUUUAUAUGCAAUGUGCCCCAACGAUGGCUGCGAGGCAAUGGGGCACCUUGACUGCUGGAGCAAGCGUGCCUUGGCCAGCGAUGAUGACCCCACAGCGAUUCUGCCAAACAGCUGCGAAUGCCCAUCAUGUGGCGGUAAGAUACGAUGGGGAGACAUGAUUAAGGAGCUGAGUCUACGGACACGCGGACCUGGCGAGGUGGAGAAGCUGCUGAGGAAGAAGAAGAGGCUGGCUGCGAAGGAAUCGUGACAGAGCCAAUUGGGUGUUUUCCGGAGCUUCUCGACCUGGGCGUUAUUGGCGAAAGUAUGUAUAGAUUUUGGGUUGCGUGUGUUUUGGACUCUUAUUUUGCCUUCUUUUAAUGGCAUUUAAUACCUACCAUAGAAGCCAUUGACGUAUACAUUGCAU